AUGAAGAUUCUCGAGUCUCAAAACGCGCUUCUCUCCAACUACGAGGUCUACCAGCAUAUUGUCGACCAGCGCAAGCGCAACAAGACACAAGACCGGCGACUGCCCGGCAAUGCCCACCAUGUCCUGACCGAGGUCUUCACAUAUCUCAGUACCAAACCCAGCCCCCUCGCCCAGCAAGAAACCACCCAAGCCUACAGCGGCGCGGCCAUCGCGCAGCUGCUGGAGAAGCUGCGGGCCGCCGACCUGCCCAGCGAGCUGACCAAGGGCGAGCUGCUCUCCAUCCUCAAUGUGCGUCCGUCGUCUACUGCGCUUCUGAGCACGGCUAUCGAGGACAUGGAGGAGCGGUUCGGCGACGACGAGCAGAACACCAUUGUCGAGAUCAUUGGGGAGGUGCUCGGCGUGGAUGAGCCGAAUGAGGGCGAGGCUGAGGCUGGCGCGGGUGAAGAGGAUGCCGAAGGGGAGAUGGAUGCCGAGGGGGAAGUCGACCCGGUGCCGGUGCGGUCGGUGGAAAACGGCCUCUAA